AGAACUUGAGAGUACUAGCUGUGAGGUUCCUUGCAUGUCAAUGUUGUAAGCGGGCGAUGCUCGGAGCUGGAAAAACGUGGCCCCAGCUGAGCUCGGGUCAGCUACGUGAGCACCGCAGCCUGGAUAUCAUCGUCCAAACAUCCAGACGUAACCCAACCCGUCUUUGAAACCAAACAACUCUGCUUGCUACACUCCCUGGCCCUCCCUCCUAUUUCGCCCUCCUCGUCCCUCUCCUGAGCCGUCGUUUUCUUCAUUCCCCGCCACCAUGGGGUCCGAUCCGCAAUACGCCAAGUACCCCGACCUCACCCUCGCCCAGGACAUCUUCAACAUCUCCAAUCCAUCAUGUUCGCCCACGGUGCAGCAGAAUUCGCUGAAGAAGCUUCAGAAUGCGAUCGAGGAACACAAGAUGGCUCCCCUAUACCGACACCUCGCACAUCCCGUCGAAGGUAUCCUGAACAGCACCGGUGAAGGCCUUCCUCAACAUGCCCAGCACGGCACCAACAAGCAGGUUAUCACCUCCAACCUGCUCGCGACAAAGAAGCUUUCGAAUAAGAUUGUUUUUCCAUGGGACGAGAAGCUUUACGAGUCGUUGGUAGAGGAGAAUAAGAAGGAGCUGGAGGCAUACCAGAAGGAGGAGGAAGAGGCGGCCGAAGCUGCUGGAGACACGGAAGUGCAAGCUGCCCGUGGCAAGCGCGCAGAGUUCUGGGCCCGAGUAGGAGACAAGGACAAGGCAAUCACGUCAUACGAGGACGUGCUCGAGAAGACGGGCAUUCUUGGCACAAAGAUCGAUCUGGUGCUGGCGAUGAUCCGGGUAGGAUUGUUCUUCGGUGACCGGGUAUUUGUCAAGAAGCAGGUUGAGCGCGCGAAUGCGUUGGUGGAGAGCGGUGGUGACUGGGACCGGAGGAACCGAUUGAAGGCGUACAAGGGCCUUCACCUUCUUACGAUCCGCUCAUACAACCUUGCUGCUCCUCUUCUGCUGGACAGUUUGUCUACCUUUACCAGCUAUGAACUCUGCAGUUAUUCCGCCCUUGUGAUCUACGCUGUCCUAGCCGGUUCGCUUUCCCUCAAGAGAGUCGACUUCAAGGCCAAGGUGGUGGAUGCGCCGGAAAUCAAGGCUAUCCUUGGAGAAGGUGAAGACAACAGAAUCGCUGCUCUGACUGGUGCUGUCUCUUCGGGACCAGCAGCGGCGGAUGAGGAGAUGAAGGAUGUCUCCGUGUCGAGCGCUACUCCGGGCACAGCAUCCACGGUCGUCAACCUGACGACGCUGGGUACUGGCUCCGGCACCCAGGCUGAGGCUGAAGCCCCCAUGGACUUCUCGCCCUUGGCCAACCUGGUCAGUAGCCUGUACAAUGGCGACUAUCGCUCAUUUUUCGUCGCCCUUGCUGCUGUCGAGGACAACUUCCUCACGCAGGACCGAUAUCUCUACGAGCACCGCGCUUGGUUUGUCCGGGAGAUGAGACUGAGAGGAUACCAGCAGCUCCUCCAGAGCUACAGGGUGGUUGGACUGGCUAGCAUGGCCAGCGACUUUGGCGUGACAGUGGACUUCCUCGACCGGGAUCUGGCUAAGUUUAUCGCUGCCGACCGGAUACCUUGCACAAUCGACCGGGUCAAUGGCAUCAUCGAGACCAACCGGCCUGACGACAAGAACAAGCAGUAUGCGGAUGUGGUUAAGCAGGGUGAUGCUCUUAUCACGAAGCUGCAGAAAUACGGACAAACCGUCAGACUGCGCGGAAGCGAACGAAGCUAGAUGUGAUGUUCUACGUGUUUUCUCGGCCGGGUGGGUGUCGGGGGAUUUGUUGUCCAUUCAGAUACAUGGCUGCAUUGACAUAAAAUGACGACUGAUAUACCUUGAACUUUUCCAUGACAUGGCUCAAGUGAGACUAUUAUUUCCGUAGAUAGGUCCCUGGUUAUAAUCGGGCGCGUUUCCAUGUCGUUAUCAGCUGUAACUGGAACUCCUCCCGAUUGUCGUCGGAGGGACCAUGCCAUGACAGCCAUCGUCAGUUCUCGUCUUUCUUGCUCCUGACGCGACCUUGUAAACGUCCUAACAUUAUUACCAGCGCAACCAAUGAUUAAAAUCCGAUGCUGCU